AUGCUUUGUGUGCAAACACCGCUCAGUGAACCGAAUUGCUUACCGUACCAUUGGCCGGCCAAGGCUUUUUUGCAGUGGAGCGCGCUUGCAACUAGCCCGGCCAAUGUUUUGCCGAGCCCUGAUGCGAAGAAAGGAGAAAUGAUGGAAUACAACGAUUUGUAGGUUAUUUUGUAUGAUCCAGAGGUUUGAUUAGUGAUCUUAAAGUUACUUUCAGUGAUUUUCGAUCCCAAGGUAGUUUUCAGUGGUCCUUCGGCUAUUUACAGUCAUCCUUUGGUUAUUUUUAUUACUCUUUUAGCUAUUUCCAGUUGUCCUGAGCUCAUUCCCAUCCCAUAAUCUUUAUUACAAUACGUAUACCAUAAUCCACCACCAUAAAGUGGGUCCCCCUCUCCCACACUAUUUUCUCCUUUCCCACAUUCACGUCUGUACUGUUUUAGGGCCCCCUCCCCCCCCUCUAGAUUUCCGGGGUGUAGAGGGGCGUGGCCUCGUGUUACUGCGCACAAAAACAGUCAUUCACAAACAAAUCGUUUUUGUGCUCCCUGCCCUCCUACUAUUAAACGAUUCCAUUCAAUUCCAGCUCAACCAUGUCCAUGCCGUUGAAAAUGAAGAAGAUGUGGAGAGAGGAGAUCUCUGUGACCAUGAUCAGCCAACUCAUCACUUCCAACGACGACAUGUUGAUGAGGAUCGCGGCGAAGCGACUGACGACGGAGAAGUACUCGGACAAGAUGCUCAUGAAACACAACAUCCUCAUGCUCGUCGUGGAUCACUUUCCCAACGAACUGACCGCCAAAGUGAUGAAUCAUUACAUGGAACCGAUCUGGGAGGAGACGCAUCAGAACGGAUACGUUGGCGACGACGAAGGAGAAGAGGAGCAGAAGGAGAAUGUGGUCCCAGUCGUCCAAGUGAAGGAGCCGAAGAAGCGGAAGGACCGGCAGAGAAAGAGACACGCACCGUACUAG